AUGGGGCCCCGGAGCCACUUCCUCAGCCUGAGCCUUCUGUUCCUGUUUCUCCUGCCUCCAGAGUGCUCGGGAGCCGAGGGCAGGCUGGCUCACAAGCUGUUCCGUGACCUCUUUGCAAACUAUACAAGUGCCCUGAGACCUGUGGCAGACACUGACCAGACUCUGAAUGUGACCUUGGAGGUGACCUUGUCCCAGAUCAUCGACAUGGACGAGCGGAACCAAGUGCUGACCCUAUACCUGUGGAUCCGGCAAGAGUGGACAGAUGCCUACCUACGGUGGGACCCCAAUGCCUACGGUGGCCUGGAUACCAUCCGCAUCCCCAGCAGUCUUGUGUGGCGGCCAGACAUCGUACUCUAUAACAAUGCCUUCUCUGGGCCCAUAGCAGGUGCUGUCACCAAGGUGGCUGUGAAGUUCAGUAUCUACAUGUUCUUGUUCUGGGCCCAAUUUGCUCUCUCUCUUGCAGGGAAGUACUACAUGGCCACUAUGACCAUGGUGACGUUCUCAACGGCACUCACCAUCCUUAUCAUGAACCUGCACUACUGUGGUCCCAGUGCCCGCCCAGUGCCAGCCUGGGCUCGGGCCCUCCUGCUGAGACACCUGGCACGGGGCCUGUGUGUGCGGGAAAGAGGAGAACCCUGUGGGCAGUCCAGGCCACCUGAGUCAUCGCCCAACCCCCAGCCUCCUGAGGGAGAAGCUGGGCUACACGCAGGCCCUUGCCAUGAACCACAGUGUCUGUGCCGCCAGGAAGCACUACUGCACCAUGUAGUCACCAUUGCCAACACCUUCCACAGCCACCGGGCUGCCCAGCGCUGCCAUGAGGACUGGAAGCACUUGGCGCGUGUGAUGGACCGCUUCUUCCUGGGCAUCUUCUUCUCCAUGGCCCUGGUCAUGAGCUUCCUGGUGCUGGUGCAGGCCCUGUGA